AACAUCGGAGGAACGACCCCUGGCCCGUUUAGAAAACUUCUUCUGUGAGUUGGGCAGCAUAAGUGGCAGCCUGGCCGAUAACUCUGAUUGCUUUUAAGCUGCAGUCCUCCGCCUUCCACCAUCCGACGUGGAGCAGGGCUGCCAUCCCGGUACUAUUUGUUUUUAAGAGUACUGUACAUCUGGCGUUGGCUAUGGGAUGGAGGAUCCGGCGACCAAUGCCCGCGACUCUUCGAAGAAGAACCCUUCCUCCUCUUUCUAUCCCAGUCUCUCCUUCUCGCCUUCGAACUCUCUCCUUCCACCUCCUCUCCCACUCCUCCUCCUCCUCCUCCUCCUCCACCGUCACCGCUGAGCUAACCUCCGGACCCCCCUCCACCGCAGCUGCCCUCAACCCCGUCCUCUCCGCCCUUUCGAAAGCCCGCCGGUUCGAAGCUGCCCUCUCCCUCUACCACUCCUCGCUGCACUCGGGCCUGAAGCCCGACUUCACCACCCUUCACAUCGUCCUCGACUGCUACUGUGCGACCCGCCGCACCGGCCUUGCGUUCAAGGUGUUCGACCAAAUUAUCUCCCUCGGUUACAAUCCAAACUGUGUCACCUUCACUUCACUCAUCAAGGGAUUCUGCCGUGAAAGAAAGAUUUCUGAAGCUUUAAGGGUUUUUCAUGACAUGAAGGAGAGGGGGCCGAGCCCGAAUUGCUUCACCUACGCUAUUCUCAUUGGUUCCGUGUGCGGCGAAUCGAAUCCCGAACUGGGCUUGAGUUUGAUUCGUGACAUGUUGGUGUCAAGAUUGGAACCGAAUCCUUUCACUUAUAAUUUAGUUUUUGGAAGUCUGUGUAAGAUAGGGAAAAUUGAAGGAGCGAAGAAUCUUUACGGCAGGAUGACAAAGUUGGGAGUAGUGGGUAAUGUGGUCUCGUAUACUAGUUUUAUAGUUGCAUUGUGCCGGGAGAGGAAUUUGGUGGAAGCGAAGAUGGCUUUUUCUGAGAUGCUGGAGAAGGACGUAUCUCCGGAUGUUGUGACAUACAAUACUCUAAUUCAUGGCUUCUGUGAGAACGGGCAGUUCGAAGAUGCCUUAAAAAUGGUAACUGAGAUGAUAGGGCAUGGGAUCGACCCGGACAUGAUCACCUACACAACGGUCAUUAAAGGGCUCUGCAAGGAGAGGAGAGUGAAAGAGGCAUUGGAACUUAUAGAUGUGAUGAAUCAUCAAGGGCUCCAUCCUGACAAGUUCACGUAUAGUAUUCUAUUCGAUGGGUUGUGUAAAGAUGGGAGAUUGGAUGAUGCGGUCCGGCUCUUCAAUCAUAUGAAAGGGAGUGAAUUUGGAGAUGAUAUUGUUUGUUACAAUACUUUGAUUGAUGGGUUCUGCAAAAUGGGGGAUAUGGAAGGAGCUUAUAGGCUUUUUGAGGAGAUAUCUGAGAAAGGGCUAAAGCGUGGAGUGGUCACAUACAACACCUUGAUGGAUGGGUACUGUAAAAUUGGAAAAAGUGAGGUUGCACGAGAGCUAUUAUGUGACAUGGAAAGAUCUGGUCUUGGACCGGAUGUAGUCACUUACACUACAUUGAUAUGUGGUUAUUGCAAGGAAGGGAAUCUUGAGCAGGCUGCGCAUUUGCUCGAUGAGAUGAUCUGUAGAGGACUCGAACCUGAUGGUAUCACAUAUAGAGUACUUGCAGAUGGAAUUCGUAGGAAGGGGGUCUUCCAAGAGGCAGAGAGUUUGCUGUGCCGUUCAAAAUGAGAUGAGGAAGAAUUCUAUAGUGCAACAUACUCCUAAAUUCUUAAUGGAUAUUUGUUGCUAAUGUCCGACCACAAGAAGCCAAAGGUAUCAUCAAAAGGAGGAUGAAAUGGGGAUUGUCGGAAUGUAGCAAUCUUCCCCAUGCUGGAUUAAUGGGGUUUUGCAUCAAAGAAUGAUAAGAACAAUGAAUAACAUCUGGAAGACACAGGAAAAGAUGGAUAAUGACUUUGUCAUGAGCACAUGGGUGUUAUGCAGUAGCAUUCCCAUGUAUCAGCUAGCUGACUGGGAUAAUAAUCAUUUGAUGCAAGAAACUUGAUUGCUCGUGUUCAGGUAAAUUAUCUUCUUGUGGAUAUGCAAUUCUUUUGGUAUCCUAUGCUUGUUUUAGAAUCUUAGAAUGAAGGCACCAAUACUAAUGAAGGAUUGCAUCUACUUGAGAAGAAUCUAUAUCAUAGAGCAUCGUUUUUUAUAUAGUUUGACAUAGUUAUCAGAUGCUUUUCCAGCAACUUCUCUUCUUCGAACUGUUUGUUGGACAACGAUUCCUGCUUUGGGGUUAUCACUGCUGAAAUCUCCAGAAGAGCAGUCUGACACUUUCAAUAAUCUUUUCAUCUGAUGAUGUGUUUAUGAUGCGGGUGUUUUAUCAAAGCUAUUAGGAUUUAAGACUGCUUAAGUUACAUGAUCUUGAAAUCGGACAGGUCAUAUUUUUAUUAUCUCAAUUAUGUUAUGUUUUUCUGUAGUACCAUCAAGAUGAUGUUUUCUUAUGGUGCUGGAAUUCUGAUGUUAUGAUACCAUCACAAUUUCAUUUGAAUACGGAAUUGCUGAGGAUUAACAAGAAUCAUGAUGUUUUGGACAUAGUUCGGACAAGUUCAUUUUGUCUUAGAGGUAUCUGAUGCAAGACAAAAUAUCUGAAUUUUAUGUAUUGAAUGCCAUAUCCUCUUAGUCAUUGCUUUUCAUCCAACCUAUAUUGCAUAUGUUAAUACCGCCGCAUGAUGUGCCAAUCUUUUUCUUUUUUGAGAUUGACUGUUUAUUCCUCGUGUUGGAUAUCCGAAUGAAGCUGAUGGAAAAGCACUGCUUUAGUGCAGACAUAAAAAACUAAUCCACGUGGUUUGUUUCAUUGAUAUUAAAUGAAAACUUUACAGUACUAACACUUUAUCUUUGUGAUCUCUAGACUGAUGGACAAUUACUACUAGUUGGCAACAAUAACUUGCUGCCAAACUGAUGUAUCAUUUAUUGUUGUCAUUCUCGGACUCUUGUUAGCUCCCAAAAACUUGGUUAUUAAGGUUUGUAUUGUUGCAUGCAGGAUUAUAUGGUUCGAUUCCAACAGUAGCGGAGUGUACAGGAUGUAGGGCAUAAUCAAAGGUCGCAGAUCCAUUGUUUCUAACGUCUGGGUGAUAGAAUAUGAACUGCUGCAACUGAACCUCAUGGAUUCAUCAUGUCUAGAGUCUUCACUUUCAGAUCACGAUGAAGCUGUCUGAAAGCAUCUCCAGUGUAACCUUUGAAGAUGAUAAAAUCAGAUACUCUCAACAAGUUUUAAUCGCUGUCCCGGGCACUGUUUUUAUUGUAGUGAGAAAUCUUGGUUU